AUGGAGUCAGCCAUACAACGUAUAUCAGAGUCAGUGUUUUUGGGACUGUGCCUAAAAGUGGGGACCUCAAAAGUAGUGGCCAUGAGAAGAGAUAUGAUGGGCAUCAAUGAUAUGGUAGAAAACAAAACGACAAUUGAUGGAUUCUGUGUGAUGUUGAGUGGAAGUCAAGGAGAAGGUUUCAGACUGAAAGAAUCAGAUCUAGACUCUAUGAUCUGGCCAAAGAAUCAGCGUGUGAUCUGGGAAUUAUCUCAGUCUCAGUAUUAUAACACACACAGACAAACACUGUUCCUCUGUGAUUAUUCUGAUAGUCCACCAGGAUUUACUUUGUUAUAUUUACUGUCACCAAGCAUGGACAGAUUCCUUCGGAGCGUUUGUGUAACAAUGUAUAACAGAUAUUAUAUAUCUAGUUCGAAAUUGAGGCAUAUAAUGUGUCCAACAUCAUCCAACUACAUUCUUCAUGGACCUUGUUCCAAUGGGACAUUUGGAAUGCUAGAAUAUGACCAUGCCUUUUGUUUUGUUUGUGACUUUUGGCCUCCAUCUGCUUCCUCAUGGAUAGACAGAUGUCACUCAUGGCCCCAGCCUGAUGUUGUUGGUGAUAUAGUACAAAGUGGAUGUCACUUUGUUGCAAUCGGACACAAGCUUGGAAAUCAUGAAGACCAUGAAUGGAGAAUUUCUUUUUCUUUGGCAGAACAAAGACUUAUUAAUUCAAUGAACCACUGUCAAUUCUUAACUUACGGCUUGCUUAAACUGUUCUUCACAGAAAUAAUUAACAAAGGACUAAAUGAUGAUGAUAAAUUACUGUGUUCCUAUCACACGAAGACAGCAGUUUUCUGGGCGAUUCAACAAAAUACAAUACCUCACUGGUGUCCACAAAAUCUUCUUGGUGGAUUCUGGGUUUGUUUUAAACUCAUUCUCAAAUGGGUGUAUGAGGGGGUCUGUCCUAACUUUUUCAUUCCAGAAAACAACAUGUUUCUGAGUAAAAUGCAUGGAGACAAACAACACCAUUUAAUUACGAGACUGUAUGGGUUGUAUGAGAAGGGUUUAACAUGCCUGCUACACAGUCCCUCCAUUAGGUCUCAUAUUAUAAAUGUCCUUCAAAAUCCCAGAAUCUCCAUCUGUACUGAUGAACAAACUCUAAUUUCUAAGGCUUGGUUUGAUAGAUUCCUAUAUAAUGAAAUAGCAAGAAAUGAGGCAGUUUACUUCAAUUCUAACGUACAAAGUUGUAUGAGAUAUCUACAUACAAUAAAACAGAUGAUAGAAUUACCCUUGCUGACACAGUUUCAAGUCAUAAUGUUACAAAAAAUUGCAUCUCUUGUCUUUUGUAAAACUGCUUUUACAUUACACAUGGAAACUAACAUGUUUGAAAACAAACUGAGGUAUAGAACUGACAAAAUCUCCUGCCACAUGCUAAAAUUAGUAGCCAGGUUUGGUUUUAUUACUGACAUGCAGUAUAUAGCCAUGUAUUAUUACAAGACACUUAGAUACAUGAACGCUUUAUCUAUUAUAGAGAUGAUCAAGGUCAAGUUAGCACAGCCAUAUGUGUUGUAUAGGUCAAAUGAAGAUACAGAAAUAUACACUGAAGCUGUAGGGGGGCAGUCCUGGUCUACAAAAAUGAGACAGGCUGUAGCAUGGCAUAUUACUCUCGACGAUAGAAUACAUUACAUCAGUGAAUUGAUACCAGAACAACAGGCUAGUCUACAGAACAAGACGUGUGCAUUAACUUUCCCACCCUUUAUACUGUUAUACAUGCUAGAGAUCUUGUGCUACCUACAUGUAGAUAUAAUGAAAACGCAAACAGUUCUAGAUGAUCUACAGACCCUAGUUCAAUAUGAUGAGGGACAGAUUAUAGAUUUAAAUUACAGAGACAUAUCGUGGCAGAUUCUAGGGAUCUGUCAACAGGUGACAGGGAACCUCCAUGCUGCUCUUUACUCAUACCAACAAUCUCUCAGACAAGAACCAUACCACAAAAUACGCACGGCUACAAAAAUGAGAAUACAGGGAAUUUGUCAAUGGAAUCCCUCAAUUAUUUAA